AAUAUUGAAUCACCGCAAAUUACUGUGAGUUUGGAAGCAGGAACAGUUUUCUUGCUUAAAACCCCAUUUCUGAUUUCUUCCUCGAUCAAUUUCCGAUCAAUUAUAAUUUGUUCCCCCUUCCAAUUCAUAUUCAUAUUCAUAUUCAUAUUCCAAUCGCCGAUCUUGAGCUGGCAGUAGCUGCAGCAGAAGCGGGAGAGGAAGAAAUUUGAAAGCUGAAACCAAUUCAGAGGAUAAUGUCGGUGCAGGAGUAUCUGGACAAGCAUACGCUCUCCCGGAAGAUUGAGGACGCCGUCAAUGCCGCAGUUAGGGCAAAGACGCCGGAUCCCGUGCUCUUCAUCUCCAAUCACUUGAAGAAAUCCGUCCCCUCCGUCAUCACCAACCUUAAAGCCAGGCAAAUCCUCGAUAGCAGAGGGAUUCCCACUGUCGAAGUCGAUUUGCACACCAAUAAAGGCGUCUUUCGCGCUUCCGCCCCCAGCGGCUCCACCUCUGGAAUGUAUGAAGCUGUUGAGUUGCGAGAUGGAGACAAGGGAAUGUAUCUUGGUAAUGGUGUAAGUAGAGCUGUCAAGAAUGUUAAUGAGAAAAUAUCUGAAGCUUUAAUUGGUAUGGAUCCAACUCUCCAAGCCCAAAUUGAUCAAGCCAUGAUAGACUUGGACAAAACAGAUAAAAAGGGUGAACUUGGGGCGAAUGCUAUUCUAGCAGUCUCGAUGGCUGCUUGCAGAGCAGGGGCAGCUGAAAAAGAGGUCCCAUUAUACAAGCAUAUUGCUGAUCUAGCUGGCAAAACAAGUUAUCACCUUCCUGUCCCAGCUUUCACCCUCAUAGGUGGCGGAAACCAUGCUGGGAACAAUCUUGCCAUUCAGGAAAUCAUGAUCCUUCCUGUAGGGGCAAAAAAAUUUGAGGAGGCUCUGCAGAUGGGAGCUGAGACUUAUCAUCAUCUAAAGGCUGUGAUCACAGAAAAAUAUGGUUCACACGGAUGUAACGUUGGAGAAGAUGGUGGUUUUGCUCCCGAUAUAUCCAGCUUGAAAGAAGGCUUGGAUUUUGUAAAGGAAGCCAUUGGAAGAACGGGAUACAACGAGAAAAUAAAGAUAGCAAUUGGUGUUGGGGCUACUGAAUUUUGCAUAGGUACCAAGUAUGAUUUGGAUUACAAAACACCAAAUAGAUCUGGUCAAAACUUUAAAUCUGGGGAGGACAUGAUCGAUAUGUAUAAAGAACUUUGUGCAGCCUACCCUAUUGUAUCAAUUGAAGAUCCAUUUGAUAAGGAAGACUGGGAGCACUCGAAAUAUUUCUCUAGUCUUGGGAUUUGCCAGGUUGUAGGUGAUGACUUGUUGAUGUCAAAUCCAAAACGAAUUGAGAGGGCUGUACAGGAGACAGCUUGCAACGCUCUUCUCCUUAAGGUCAACCAGGUGGGAACUGUAACUGAGGCCAUUGAAGCAGUCAAGUUAGCUAAGGAUGCCAAUUGGGGAGUGGUGAUUUCUCAGAGGAGUGGGGAAAGUGAAGAUUCUUUCUUAGCUGAUAUAGCUGUUGGUCUUGCUACUGGCCAAAUUAAGGCAGGAGCGCCUUGCCGUGGGGAAAGACUAGCGAAGUAUAAUCAGCUGGUCAGAAUUGAGGAAGAGUUAGGUGAUCAAGCAAUAUAUGCUGGUGAUGACUGGAAGCAUUUUUAACAAUAUCCGCAGUUUCUUUAUUCACCAAGAUAUUCCUUGAGCUAAUGCAAGCUCCUCUUAGUCCCUCCUGUUGCUCAACACAUGAGGUAGGGGAAUAGCUCGGAUAUAAGAAAAGCUCCAGCCACCUUCCUGUGAUGGAGGUCUGUGAUUGUUGUUUUUGUGAUAUUUGAACAGUUUCACCUGAGCACUAUUUCAUGAAAUCCAAGUGCCUCAGACAACGCUUUCGAGUUGUAUUGUUUCUCAUGCAGUGGCUGCUUAAGAUUUGGAGACAAACACGAAUCACACCCGAUGAAGAUUUCAGGAUUUGCAUCUCUCAUAUGUGGUUAAGUUUAACUGGUUUAGAAUGUGAGUGAAGUAGUAGCAACAUAUUGUUAUGGUUUAUGAAACUCCAAGAUCAUUUUACUUUGCUUCCAAAUUAAAUCCUUUUUCUUCA